AUGGACGUCCCAGCGUCUCUUCUUCAUGCUGGACAGACUAUUUCUCGCCCAUCCCGCCAGUCUUCCUACGAUGGAUUUCUCUCGCCAUCGUCGGCAGCGUUCAAGGCCACCUCCGAACCCUGUCGACGGAUCGUAUCGUCAGAGGCAUCCCAAGAUCACCAAGAUGCCCUCUCACAGACUACAGAAUCGCAGAUCCCGGACAAACACAGACUCCUCAUCGAGGCAUUGAGGCAGCGUUUCCCAGAUGGCGUACCAACGGAGGAUCCCAACGAAUUCAUUCCUAUUUCUUUUCACGACGUGCCUCCUGAUCUCCCACCCACUGAUCUUGUUCCUGGAGACGAGCUCGCGGUCCCCAAGCGUGCAUCGCUCAAGCAGAUGACUUUGACUGCCUGGAGUAAAUUGAGCACUCGAUUUGCCUCGCGUCCUGUCGAGGAGCCUCGUUCGAGGCCAGUCAUCUCUAGUCCACAGCUUAUCGAAGCAUGCUCUGUCAAAACACCACGCUCUGUGGUCUCUCCAUCUCCUGUGGACCGCUACUUUCAGCACUACGCCGGAAUUGGCCCUCCGCCACCCUUGCCUUCACCCUAUGACCGUCCUUUGUCUAGGGCAGCAAGCGAGGCAGUUCACUCACGCCAUUCAAAUUCCCAUUCCCAUUCAUCUUGUCAGCAUUCGCAUCACCGAGUCAUCACAGAGAUCACUCGACCUCCAAAGGGAGAACCUACUGAUGUUCCUACGACGAAGCUACCCGCCAAGGACUCGGCGGUGCCUGCGAGUCCAACUUCUAUGCUUCCAACAGGAUGGCUACUCCAGAUUAUCACGCCUCUACCAUCCCACUUUUCGAUUACCGCCGACGCAGCUCUAGUGACAGCGGUUUCUCAUCCCAAAAUUUCACUCAGAGGCGUCUUUGGCUAUUUCAAGCGCAUAAUUCAUUUUCAAGACCCCGCAGAGAGCCUCUUUGCACUUGGAUUUAUUGCUGGCCCGCAGAACUGGCUCAUCGGCGGGUUUUACCUAACCCAAUUCUAUGAGAAGCAUGCAAACCCAAGCAAACUCCGCAUUUGGGUGGAUAAGCAAGUCCAGCAUCAGCGGGAUACCAUUUCCACCAGGGACAGGACCGACGGAGAAGAAUUACUCGUGAGGAUUGAACGAGCUUCCUCUGGUCUCACGUCAGAGUCGUUUGAGGCUGGGAAACGGACCGCGACCAAUAGUGACGGCAGCAGGCUAGUUAGUGGCCCUUCUGGUCCGACUGACGCAGACAGUCUUGCCGUCGAAGUCAGCGCUGCGGAAACUAGCCAUUCUGUCAUGGUACUUCCUACCCACUUUCGCUCUUCACGCGCAAUAUGGACCGGUGCUACUACCGUGUACCCAAAGAGAAGAUCAAUUCUCGAUCUCGUUCAGCAAGCCUCAAACUACAAGCAACUGAAAAAGGGCGCCAACGAAGCUACCAAGACUCUCAACCGAGGCAUCGCAGAGUUUAUCGUCCUGACGGCUGAUACCGAGCCUAUUGAGAUUUUGAUGCACCUUCCUCUUCUUUGCGAAGACAAGAACGUGCCAUACAUCUUCCUUCCGUCCAAAGCAGCCUUGGGACGUGCCUGCAACGUUACACGACCUGUCAUCGCCGCGAGUGUUACCACGAGCGAAGCACAGGAGCUCGCGAGCCAGAUUCGCACUAUUAAGAACGCAAUCGAAAAAGCCAUGAUCUAA